GCAUAUUGUGCGAACAAUAUUGAACAUGUACAUGUAGUAGACUGACUUCAAUUGCAUGGAUUUAGUUGGAUUGGAUUGCAGGAAAAUAUCAAUGGUCUCUGGCCUGUGUGGAAUAGUCAGAGUAUUGUGGUUCUGUUGAAAAGUAUCUUAAUAUAGGAAAGUGUGAAAACACGGCUACCUUCACUGAAGCCCGAAACUACAAAAUACAGGGACAAAAGCGUCUGGAAAUCCUAAAACGUGCAACAGUUAAAAGUAUAUUGGAAAUGCAGGGUAUCGAUCCCCGUACCUCUCGCAUGCUAAGCGAGCGCUCUACCAUCUGAGCUACAUCCCCAUUCACGUUAAGCUACCCAGAAAGCUAAGCAACUUGAUAGCUAUCUAUGACGAGUUUGUUCGGAUUACAUGCACAGCAAACGUGUGGGCGAAAGACGGGCACUGUUGUACUCUUUAGAGUAUCAUAACAUUGAAAUGUGCAUAACUAUAUAUUUAUGCAAAUUGGAAUACAAAAAAAUACCAUAAUGGCAAAAUGUAGGCUUUCCGAAAGCUAAAACUGCACAAAUAAAAUAAACAUCUGGAGAUGCAGGGUAUCGAUCCCCGUACCUCUCGCAUGCUAAGCGAGCGCUCUACCAUCUGAGCUACAUCCCCGUCCACACAAGCCAUCGGAAAACCAAGCUCUUAGCUGCAUUUGACGUGUGACAACAGCUGCAGGUGAUGAAACUUGAUCGAUAUUUUCGUUAUAUAUGAUGACGACUGGAAUAACAAUGGAACAGAGGGCGAAGGGGACAUUUUAAAAAUGAUGUUCAAGAUCGGUAUCAGUACGUAUACUUGACCACCGGCAAUUCUAUAUUGAAUUUGCUCCUUUUUGUUUAUGUCUGUUCAGGAUUUUUUCAGUCUGAACAGUUUUUGGUCUAAAAGCAUAUCUUCGUUUGUUAAUCACAUAUGAUAAAUAGCCAAACUGUUUUUUUUGCCCAAUCCGUCUCAAGAUUGAUGACCAUUUCUUCGGUCACGUGACUUCGUAAUGGUUAUGGUGCACAAAACAUUGACAUUCCAUAUCACAUUGACAACACAAUACAAAAACAACGAAAACAAAAACCAAUACAUCAAUUUGCUGCUCGGUUUUAUCUUUUCAUCUUAAAUUUUAGCUGAUAUCUUGCUUAAAUCGUUUUCGAAUUGAUGAAUCAGGCAUGUAAAAUAAAAAGCCAGCAAUUCCAUUUUCAAACUCCAUAUUAUAUUGCCUUUGAUGUAAAGAUGCUUAUAUCAGCACGAAUACACACUUGGAACAAUGCAUGAUGCUAAUCAUGGGAGCAAAGUUUAAGUGGACCAAGCUGGGUUGUUUACCAGCUAUUCUAAUCUUUGAACGAAGCCGUGCGACAGUGUACGUGUUACAGAAGCUGUGCACUAUGAUGGCAACGGCAGCCUCUGUUCUGGCCAUUCUGGUCUUCACGAGUUCCCAAGCCUUUGGCCAUGAGAAUGUAGCUAAAGUAUUUGUCUCGAACGCCCUGGAAGAUGCAGAGAAAGUAUGGCUAGAAGAGAGUGAGGAUGGUCCCGAUAAUUCGAACGACGUGCUGCCGUCCAAAGGUCAUCAGCAGGCCGCUUCAUGGACGGCGGCGGAUCUCGAGCCGGACCGCCCGGCACCACCGUUCAAGCUCUGGACUCUGGACGGGGUCCUCACCGACGAUGAUCUGAAGGGUAACCCCGUCAUCUUCCACGGUUAUAACAGCCACUCAGGCUUCCUGGAGUGCCUGUGGACGUCCAACGCGUCACGGGUGUCGCUGAUUGACAGGACGCCCAACAACACGCACUACGUCUUCAUGACGAGGUCAGAGAACGCCUACGAAGACGCGCGCUGGAUGAAAGGGCUUAUGGAGGCAGCCACUCAGCUAAGCACCAGGCCAGACGGCGAGAAGAAGGCCCUGAUGUCCCGCCUACACUACGUGGUGACCCCGGUACACCAGCUGGGGAACUGGAUGCCUGCCCUGAUGAACAGGUGGAGCUGUGAGGACCACGGGUGUGGCCUGCCGCAGGUUCUUUUCACAUCAUCAGUGUCUCCGCUGCCCCUCAUCCUCAAACGACUGGACGCGCGCUAUGAUUGGCUGAUGGGAUCCUUCCCAGCGGCCUCCACGAGACUUGCUGACGGAGGAAACGGUUGCGCAGGCGCACCUGCUGUGGAGAACUCCAUCGCAUGGGUGUCUGCCGCGGGCAACUGUUCUUUCUUCACUAAGGUUCGUAACAUGAUGAAUUCGAAGGCGCUUGGUGUGCUAGUGUACGCACCGCCCGGGACCCCCCUCCAGGACAUGAACUGUGAGGGGGACGAGUGCGGCCACCCCCUCAACAUCCGGGCAACCAUGGUGCACUGGGAUGUCAACAUACAGGACGCACUCAAAAACGGCGCCGUCAAUGUAACAUUUCAGACGACCCCUUCGGACAACUUUUACUUCGCUAUCGACACCCAGGGCAAGCUGGCCGAGAUAGGCUGGCUUCUUUAUCCGUCAUUCCUCUUCUUUACAUGGCAGGCACAAUGGUUUAACUACAAGACAGACCUGUAUCACAACCUUGCAAGUGAGGCAAAGGUCAUCAACGUGUUUAACCGCACCGUCAUGCAGGGAGACAAGGGUGUGGUGGCCACUGUCAAGCUGCCUUCAGUUAAAGAAAUGUUGGAGUAUUCUAACGUUGAGCUGGACAUGUCCCUGUCUUGCCCGGGUACGAGAGACGACACGUGCCCCCACUGGGACCACACCAUCCAGCUGUACGUGUGCUGUGACGAGGGGCACCCGCUCUGUGGUAUGGAGCUGGGCCGCUGGAUCACGUCAUUUAGAAGGCGUAUCGGGAGAUGGCUGACACCGAUCACGCCCCUCCUCCCACUCUUCACGUCUAACGUGUGCACCUUCACCAUGAAGACUGUCCCCUGGGCCAUGCCGUGGGUUCCCAGUCUCAACGUGCGCUUCAGCGGGCUCAUGGGGAAACAAGGCCACCAUAGCGCCAACACACAGCCCUACUCCAUCAUCCCCCUGUUCCGCGGAGGAACGUUCAACAAGACGUACAACACGAAGUACAAGCCCCAACAGUUCGUCGUACCAAAGGGAGCAACACAGGUGAAAGUUGUGUCUGUCAUCACCGGACACGGAAGUGACGAGAACGGGUGUGGAGAGUUCUGUGUGACGUCACAUCACUUUGUCGUCAAUAAUCACACCAACGUUAGGGUCUUCAAGAUAGCUGGAACGCCUCUAGGAUGUGCGGACCGUGUGCCGGAGGGUGUGACGCCUAACGAACACGGCACGUGGCUGUACGGACGGGACGGGUGGUGUGAUGGACAGGAGAUCAACCCAUGGGUGGUGGAUGUGACAAGUCAGGUGUCCUUCACCAAACCCAACAAUGUCAGUUACUAUGGCUGGUACAACGGUGGUGACCCCAACCCACAACAGAACCCAGGCUACAUCAUCAUGUACUCCUAUCUGGUCUUCUAUAGGGAUAUGUGAUGAUUGUUAAUGACCCACACAGAACCCAGGCUACAUCAUCAUGUGCUCCUAUCUGGUCUUCUAUAGGGUUAUGUGAUGAUUAUUAAUGACCCACACAGAACCCAGGCUACAUCAUCAUGUCCUCCUAUUUGGUCUUCUAUAGGGAUAUGUGAUGAUUGUUAAUGACCCACACAACCCACACAGAACCCAGGAUACAUCAUCAUGUACUCCUACCUUGUCUUCUACAGGGACAUGUGAUGAUUGUGAACGGCCCAAGAAAUCCACAUGAAAACUCACCUGGUCUUCUACAAGGGCAUGUGAUUAUUAAUGAAGAAAGCAUGGCAACUGCAUCAUAUCAUAACAUAGGGAUAUGAUGAUAUCAUAACCCAUAAUCUAUCACAUGUGCUACUCUGUAAUUCUUGAAGUGGUAAUGA